CCUGCUCCCGUAAUUGACCCGUAUCGCGUCUGGUACAUGUUCGCUCUGUGGGCGAAAUCUGAUUAUACGUGGCUUUGUUUUUCGGUUGAAUCAUUUGUGAGAUUCACGACUUCCUAUACGAUGUUUAUCAUCAAUAAGCGAG